AGCCUCCGCGGUGGCUCGCGGGUGCACGCUCGGAGCUCGCCGUGAGCAUCUCCGGGGCGGCUGGGUUCCCGUGAGGGCGGAAAGUCUAGGAAACGGGGGAUCUGGCUGCGGUGCGGGGAGUCCUGACUUCGCCCCCGUCGGAGGCUCCAUCAUCAAGAGGCCCCGCAUACCCAGCCAAAAAAAAAGUUGUUGAAUAAGCAUAUAUAUCUUUAUAAGCACCAUGGAUGAAGAACCUGAGAGAACCAAGCGGUGGGAAGGAGGCUAUGAGAGAACCUGGGAAAUUCUUAAAGAAGAUGAAACUGGAUCACUUAAAGCUACAAUAGAAGAUAUUCUCUUCAAGGCAAAGAGGAAAAGAGUGUUUGAGCACCAUGGACAAGUUCGACUUGGAAUGAUGCGCCACCUAUAUGUGGUGGUGGAUGGGUCGAGAACAAUGGAAGAUCAGGAUUUAAAGCCCAAUAGACUGACGUGUACUUUAAAGUUGUUGGAAUACUUUGUAGAAGAAUAUUUUGAUCAAAACCCUAUCAGUCAGAUUGGAAUAAUUGUAACUAAGAGUAAAAGAGCUGAAAAACUGACUGAACUCUCAGGAAACCCAAGGAAACAUAUAACAUCUUUGAAGAAAGCUGUAGAUAUGACCUGCCAUGGAGAACCGUCACUCUAUAAUUCCUUAAGCAUGGCUAUGCAGACCCUAAAACACAUGCCUGGACAUACAAGUAGAGAAGUGCUAAUCAUCUUCAGCAGCCUUACAACCUGUGACCCAUCUAAUAUUUAUGAUCUCAUCAAGACCCUGAAGACAGCUAAAAUUAGAGUGUCUGUUAUUGGAUUAUCUGCGGAGGUUCGAGUUUGUACUGUACUUGCUCGUGAAACUGGUGGCACAUACCAUGUUAUCUUAGACGAAACCCAUUACAAGGAGUUGUUAGCACAUCAUGUGAGCCCCCCUCCUGCCAGCUCAAGCUCCGAGUGCUCACUCAUUCGCAUGGGAUUCCCUCAGCAUACCAUUGCUCAUUUGUCUGAUCAGGAUGCAAAACCAUCCUUCAGCAUGGCGCAUUUGGAUAAUAACAGCACUGAGCCAGGGCUUACACUGGGAGGCUACUUCUGCCCACAGUGUCGAGCAAAGUACUCUGAGCUUCCUGUUGAAUGUAAAAUAUGUGGCCUUACUUUGGUGUCUGCACCUCAUUUGGCAAGAUCUUAUCAUCAUUUAUUUCCUUUGGAUGCUUUUCAAGAAAUUCCUCUAGAAGAAUAUAAAGGAGAAAGGUUUUGUUAUGGAUGUCAGGGGGAAUUGAAAGAUCAACAUGUCUAUGUUUGCUCAGUGUGCCAGAAUGUUUUCUGUGUGGACUGUGAUGUCUUUGUUCAUGACUCUCUCCACUGUUGUCCUGGCUGUAUUCAUAAGAUCCCAACUCCUUCAGUGCACCACGAUUGAUCAGCUAGCUGAAAACAAACUGCUGAAUUAAAGAAGUUUUCUCCUUAUUGGAUGAAGAUGGAGAUGGCUAUGGGAACAUGAACUUGGCCCUUCCAGAUGGUCACUGAGAAAACCCAACAAGCCAAUUCAGGAUAUAUCCCAGAAUUUUUACUCUGAUGGAAAAAAGAAAGAAAAAAGAAAGAAGAAAGCAAAUGCUGUACCUCACAUGGUCUCUGCUUUAAUUCUUGCCUCUAGGCACCUGCUUUGAGUUCUUGCCUUGGUGCUCCCAGUGAUGGACUGUUAGCUGUGAGCCAAAAGAGCUCUUCUUUUCCUGAGCUGGCUAUGGUUAGGUUUUAUCACAGGAACAGAAAACAAACUAGAAAAGUGUGCUUUUGAAAAUGUUAUUUUUCAUGUGUACACAUCUUGCUUAAGAAAGUGGUGUUAAAAAAAAAGUUACUUUAAAACUUGAGACGGGACAGAGUCUCUGGCUGUAGGGAUCAUACAAUUCAGGAUGGAAAUAGGGCCUUGGUUCCAUUGGCUUAUUUAAUGACUUAGUCUUUGACUUUAGUGAUCUCAGGGUUUACCUCAGACACUGGUCUGGCUCCAGUAGUCCCAGAGAUCACCUUGGGACCUGGCCUUUGAUCUGAGCCAUCUGAGAGUUCACUUCAGGACUCAAGUUUUGUCUGCAGUGGUCCCAGAGUUUAUCUUGGAAAAGUACCUUUAACUCCAGGAGUCCCAGAUGUCAGUACAAUAAGGGUUUUGGUUUUAGCCGUCCCUGAGUUUAUCUUCAAGACAGAAAUUUGGCUGCAGCACCUCUAGAGUUCACCAUGGGAUAGGGCUUUUGGCUCUAGAGGUCCCAGCACUAACCAUUGUGCAAAGGCUUUGGCUCAAAAGCUCUUAGAGAUCACUAUAAGACUGAAGUUCUUCCCAGCAAUCUGAAGGCAGAGGCAGGCAGAUUUCUGAGUUCGAGGCCAGCCUGGUCUACACAGAGAAACCCUGACUCGAAAAACCACACACACAAAAAACUGAAGUUCUGACUCUUCUUCCCAGUCAGAGUUCAAUGUAAAACUGGCAUUUUGACUCUAGCCCCUAGCUGAUUCAGAGUUCAGCAUUCCACUGGAGUUUUUACUCCAUGUGGCCACUCUGGUGAUAAGUGUGUGGUGGUCCUGUUGUUACACUGUCACACCUAGGGCACCUCAGUAAACCCACUUUGGAGUCAACACCAAGCUUCACAGUCUCCAUAGCUGAGAGUCAUGAAGACUCACAGAAGAGAGUCAUGAAGACUCACAGAAG